UCAAAUACUUCCUGUCACUGUGCUUCCUGGAUUCCUGAAUAAGUAACAUUGUAACAUCACAGCUGAUACCUUCACUGUCCAUGAUUUUCCUUUUUAGACAUCAUCAUCAUCAUCAUCAUCAUCACCAUCGCCAAAAACAGGAUCGAUGGCUUUCAGAAAGGCAGUGAAGGGAACCCUAAUAGGGGGCGGAGCUGUAGCAACAGCCUUCGGCCUAUCACAGUUCUUUGAAUACAAGAAGAAUCAGGCUCAGCUGGCAUAUGUUGAAGCACAGGGUGAGUUAAAGGUGCCAUUUAAGGAUGCCCUCCCGACAAGAGAGGAGCAGCUUUCAACACUGCAGAAAACAGAGGAGUUUGAUGUCUUGGUGGUGGGCGGUGGAGCCACGGGCUCAGGAUGUGCCUUAGAUGCUGUCACACGGAAUCUGAAGACCGCUCUGGUAGAACGGAGCGAUUUUUCAUCGGGCACCAGCAGCAGAAGCACCAAGCUCAUUCACGGCGGAGUCCGCUAUCUCCAGAAAGCCAUCAUGAAACUAGAUUAUGAGCAGUACAUGAUGGUGAAAGAGGCUCUUCAUGAACGUGCCAACCUACUGAACAUCGCUCCCCACCUGUCUGCACCUUUACCUAUAAUGCUUCCUGUUUACAAGUGGUGGCAGCUGCCGUAUUACUGGGCCGGCAUUAAAAUGUACGACCUGGUCGCCGGAUCACAGUGUCUGAAGAGCAGCUACGUCCUGAGUAAGAGCAAAGCGCUGGAGCUCUUCCCUAUGCUGAAGAAAGACAAACUCGUGGGAGCCAUUGUCUACUACGAUGGACAGCACAAUGACUCCCGUAUGAACCUGGCCAUUGCUCUUACAGCAGCCCGUCAUGGUGCUGCUAUUGCUAACUACACAGAGGUGGUUCAUCUGCUAAAGAAACCAGACCCAAAAACAGGCCAAGAGAAAGUUUGUGGAGCCCACUGCCGAGACAUAAUCACAGGGCAGGAGUUUGACAUUCGUGCCAAAUGUGUCAUUAACGCCACCGGCCCCUUCACUGACUCCCUGCGCAAAAUGGACAACCAGAAAACUGCCGACAUCUGCCAGCCUAGUGCAGGAGUGCACAUUGUCAUCCCUGGAUAUUAUAGCCCAGACAACAUGGGGCUGUUAGACCCCGCCACCAGUGAUGGCCGUGUCAUAUUCUUCCUGCCCUGGGAGAAGAUGACUAUCGCCGGCACGACAGACACGCCCACUGAAGUCACAGCCCAUCCCAUCCCAGUGGAGGAUGACAUCAACUUCAUCCUGAGUGAAGUACGCAAUUACCUCAGCCCUGACGUAGAAGUGCGGCGGGGGGAUGUCCUGGCGGCCUGGAGUGGCAUUCGUCCGCUAGUCACCGACCCCAACUCCAAAGACACGCAGUCCAUCUGUCGUAACCACAUCGUCAACAUCAGCGACAGCGGACUCAUCACCAUUGCUGGUGGAAAGUGGACAACCUAUCGUUCUAUGGCUGAGGAGACUCUUGAUGCAGCUAUAAAGGCUCAUAACCUCUCAGGUGGUCCCAGCAGGACGGUCGGUCUGAUGCUGGAUGGUGGGAAGGACUGGACCCCCACCCUGUACAUUCGCUUGGUUCAAGACUACGGCUUGGAAAACGAGGUUGCUCAGCACUUGGCAGCCACCUAUGGAGGAAGAGCAUUUGAAGUUGCCAAAAUGGCCCAGGUGACAGGCAAGAGAUGGCCUAUAGUGGGGAAACGCCUUGUGUCUGAAUUUCCCUACAUAGAGAGUGAGGUGCAGUAUGCUGUAAAGGAGUAUGCAUGUACAGCCAUCGAUGUGAUUGCUCGCCGAACUCGACUGGGCUUUCUGAACGUGCAGGCUGCGGAUGAGGCUCUGCCACUUAUUGUUGAGAUCAUGGGCAAAGAACUGCAGUGGACUGAGCAAAAAAAGAAAGAAGAGCUGGAGGCAGCAAAUAAUUUUCUGCACCUGGAGAUGGGUUAUAAAGCUUGCUCUGAGCAGCUCAGCAAGACAACAGAGAUCUCACUCACUGCCUCAGAGAUAGCAAGGUAUAAGAAACGCUUUUACAAGUUUGAUAAGGAGAGUAAAGGCUUUAUCACAACAGUGGAUGUCCAGCAAGUGCUAGAGAAACUCAGCAUUCAUAUUGAUGAGAACGCCCUUCAUGAGAUCCUCAACGAGGUGGACCUCAACAAAAACGGGCAGGUAGAACUGGAUGAGUUCUUGCAGCUCAUGUGUGCGGUCCAGAGAGGCCAAAUCUCUGACAGUCGUCUGGCUAUCCUGAUGAAGACAGUUGAGGAGGGCUUGGAUCUGAGAGGACCUGUCUCGGUUGACCGCAGUGGAGGCGGUGUUUGAGUCCCAACGAACCAAAACAUCCACCAGACAACAGCUCCCACCACAAAGUUGGAUAAACACCAAAAUCGCUGACUGCUGUGCCCACUCUGGUCAGAUCACAAGCACAUCCUCUCAUGUCAUUAACUUACCCAGCCAGCUGGCUGCCAUUGACUACAAUCUUGACUACAAUUUUGUUUUAGCAUGCUUAUUUAAAUUGAUUUUAAUGAAAAAGAUUUUAUUAUAAUAUUAAAUUAUUAGAGCAGAAUAUAUUCUUAAAAAAAUAUUUCAAAGCGUAUUCAAGAGUCUAUAUUUUUAUCUAAUGCAUGCAGUGCCAUGUUGUGUGACCUGGUAAGCAUGAAAAGAUUGUCUCUUUAAUGUUUCUCUGAGCAGCUUUAUCCGGUGUGCUUUCUGCUGUGCCAUUUUAUUAUUGCAGAUUAUUUGCUCCUGAACCCAGUGAGGUGAAAUUCAAGGGCUCUUAGUGUCUUCUGAGCUAAACAAUGCACUAUAUGUGAAUUACGCAGUUUUACACUGCAUACUGCUUAAUUGUUCCUGUUCUGAAUUACAGUGAUGAAAUGUUGUUGUUGUUUUUUUUUUAUGUUGUAUUAUUUUAAUUGUUUUUAAUUUUCUGAAAAAAAGUAUUUAUUCAAAAUCUAUAAUUUCCUUCAUACUUUUGAUAAAUCCUGUCUCAUUUUUAAUUAAUGUAUCACUGUAAAUGGAUAAGUUGUUUUAGUUUGUCUUAAACAGGUUGUUUUCAGUUUUUUUAGACUUUGCAUUGGCUCUGGUUCAGCAGGAGGGUUUUUACAAAUUAUAAUGAAAUGAAUUUUUUUUAUUACUUUCAAAUCCAUGAACAAUUGAAACUCCACUUCAGUGUUCAUUUUAAAACCUUGCCUGUAAAAGUAAUUGAUUAUCCAUUUGUCAUGAAAUAAUAAGGGAAUAUUAUAACUGUAAACUUAAUGUAGAGAAAAGCAGGGAAUGUACUAAAUGUGCCUUGCUUCUUAAAGGGAUAGUUCAUUCAAAAAUGAAAAUUCUGUCAUCAUCUACUAACACUCAUGUUGUUCCAAACCUAUAUGGCUUCAUAAAAGACUAUAUAUAUAUAUAUAUAUAUAUAUAUAUAUAUAUAUAUAUAUAUAUAUAUAUAUAUAUAUAUAUAUAAAAGAAUAUGUGUAACACAACAGUUUUAGUUACAUUUGGCUCCCUUUGUGUUGAAAACGGAAAAUAAAUUUUUUUUAAUAUUUUGUAACACUUUACUAAAAGCCAUUAUGUAUAAUGCAUUAUAAAAGUAGUUCAGUAGUAUUAAUUAUGCUUCGUAGUGCACCUUAUAAUGCAUUGUACAAUCUCAUGAAUAAUUGUAACCACAAUUAAUACAUUAUAACAUGUAUCUAUUAAUUGUUAGACUGCAUUUUUAAUUCAGUUAUAAUUAUUUACACACACAUUAUCAAUAAUUAUAAUCCAUUAUACUCUUUAAUAAUCCUUUAUAAUGCAUUUUAGAUGAAGGCUUUAAGUGUUACCAAAUAUUUUUUCAAAAUAUAUUUUUAUGUUCCACUAAAAAAAUGCUGCAAAUACAGGUUUGGAAUAACAUAAUGAUAAUGCAAUUUUCAUCUUUGGGUAAACUCCAACUUUAAAAAGACACUUAAUGAACUUUGCAUGUCGAAACGCACAGUCCUACACACACUAAAAGAGCACAAUCUUUUACUUGACGCUGUAUUUUGUUUAUGUUUUGUAUAUGUUUAUGUACUUUUAUAAUCAGUUUAUGUUCAUAAUUUCAGCAGUUGGAAAUGGCUUUUAACGUGGAUGCUUUAAGCUUAAUGAUCUAAAAAGAAAUGUGUUUUGAACAGUGAGACUGCUCAGAAUUUAAGUCCAUCAUGAUAUAUAAAAGAAGACUAUAAAGAUUGUCAUAGAGAUUGUCAGGUUUGAAUUAUGAAGUAAGAGGGGCCUUCACACAUGAGAGCAGAAGCAGUUAAACUAAUUUAUUUUCCCAACAAGUUGUAAUUUCAGACUGAUCCUGAUUGAAAGAAAUUAAUUAUUGUAUGAAAAAAGUAUAGUAAAUAAAUCUGCAAAGCCUGAGAAACACAAUUCUGUAAUUAAAAGUAUCUAGUUGCCUUCUG